AUGUCUUCAGCUGCAGCCUCAUCCACUGCCUUUAAUUCACCGGACCAGCAACAACAACAACAACAACACCUCCUCUCUCCCUCCGAUCAGCUCUGUUAUGUCCAUUGCAACUUCUGUGACACUGUCCUCGCUGUAAGUGUUCCUUGCAGCAGUUUGUUCAAGACUGUGACUGUUCGAUGUGGCCACUGCAGCAACCUUCUCUCAGUCAACAUGCGUGCCCUUCUUCUUCCUCCCCCAAAUAACCAACACCUUCCACAUCCUUUCGUCAAUACUCCUCACAAUCUCCUAGAGGACAUGAGAAAUGCCCCGUCAUCAAACACGUUGAUGAAUCACCAGCCUAAUUACACAAAUGAAUCAAUCAUGGCAAUUCGGGGAGGAGGCCUUGAUCACCAGGAGAUACCUAAGCCUCCUGCUGCUGUCAAUAGACCUCCGGAGAAGAGACAGAGAGUGCCAUCUGCCUACAACCGAUUUAUCAAGGAUGAGAUUCAACGUAUUAAAGCUGGAAAUCCUGACAUAAGCCACAGGGAGGCCUUUAGUGCUGCUGCAAAGAAUUGGGCCCACUUCCCUCACAUCCACUUCGGCCUUAUGCCUGAUCAGCCCGUGAAGAAAACUAACAUGCGGCAGCAGGAAGGAGAGGACAUGCUCAUGAAAGACGGAUUUUUCAGCACUCCUGCAAAUGUGGGUGUCUCCCCCUACUAA